AUGAGGGAAAACGCCAAGACCUACCACUUGGUCAACCCGGUGACAAAUUUGCUACAGAAGCAGCGGCACGUGUGUACGCCAGGAGGUCCAUUUCCCGAAGGCGCAAAGCUGGUGAAGAAAACCCGUGAUCUCAACAACUACUUCAAGACCCCGCAACGUGUGGAGAGGAUCUUGCGCGUCCAGCAACACUACGGUUUGCCCGACCUCAGCGCGAUGGUGGACUGUGAUACGCGCGUGGCCUCGACGGUGACGCUGUUUCAGAAGGGUAUCCUGAACUACCCCGCAUUCAAAACCUACUUCCAACGCUGCGAGGCCUACGAUAAUCCCACGGUAUUCGCGAGGUUAUCGAAAGAAGUCUGGCAGACGAUGGCCCAGUGCGAGGCGGUAACACACAUGCUGGCAGACUUGGCACGAAUCGAGGUCCAGAGAGAAGACCAAAUUUCCUCCAACGUGCGACCGGCUCAACGCAAACCAGUUCCGCCCUAUGAUGUGGACGCGCUACGCACGCCUAGAACUACUGCCAAGACGUUGCCCAGGGCUGUAAUCGAUGCGACCUCCCUCUGUGCUAGUGCGGCGAUUUGCCUUGGCCGUAUCAAGGCCCAAGUCCAGAAGUGCUUGACUAAUGUCUCCGCCGAGUCGAUCGUGGUGUUGCUCUUGGAUCAAUGGACCAAGGACUCUAUUGAUUCUUUGGUGCAGUGCAGUACGGAUAGCCCGGGCACCGGCGACGUCGGCAUCACGGAAGAAAAAGCGCCGUCUUUCAAGCUAUGCAUGCUGCAGCGCAUGAGGUACACGAGAGCGCUGGAGAGAAGUCUCCAACUGGACCUCGUGCCGUCAAUGGACGACGAUGACAUGCAAUGUGGAGCGCCGCUGACGUUGGAGGAUGCAGGCCGGCGGUCCCUAAGCUCUCUUCGCCAGGAAGCAGAUGAGGUGCUGGACAGGUGGCUGAGCCACAACGUACCCUGGGUUCAAGUAGCUGUUCAGCAGGCUGACGACAAGGGCAUGACUGCGGAGGCGAUGACAGGCCUCUUACUGGUACGCCGAAGCGGCACUGUGCGCUGGAGUCUACAGGGCCUCUUCAAGCAUCUUGAUGUUUGCCGGUGGUUCAAGGAGGUCGGCGCCAAGCGGUUCCCUUCGGUUUCCGUUCUUGCUCGCGUUUGGCGUGGCCGCGUGUCCUCGAACGCGUUCCAAGAACGCGUGUUCUCGACGGGUCCUGCUCAAGCAGAACCGCUCUGA